AUGGCUAAACCCACGCCUCUCUUCUUCUUCUUCUUCUUCUUCUUCGUGGCUUUCACUGGUCUCCGAUCUGCCAUUUCCGCCAGAGUAUUAUUCGACGAUGAAGUCGACGCCGAAUCUCUGCCCCAGACGGCGGCCGUUGCUCCUCCUCUAGACACCAUCCCCUCGCCCGCCGCCACUUUCCCGGCAACUCAGAUCGGAACAACCACACAACCGUCAACCUCCGGCAGCCAGAUUCCGGCAAUCACUCCAGCUCCAACCACCACCAACGAGGAGGAAGACGACGACAAUACAACCCCAACCACUCCAACUGGGCCUCUUCCAACGGCGGCGAAGGGCACCGAUGGACCAAUUUCAUUUUACAUGCAUGACAUCCUGGGAGGCUCCCAUCCAUCAGCCAGAGUAGUGACCGGAAUCAUCGCCAACUCCGACGGUAGUGGCAUCGCAUUCUCAAAGCCCAACGACAACUUCUUCCCAAUCCAAGGAACACUCCCUUUACUCAACAACGACAACCUUAAAAACAUCAUUAACAACAACAACAACCUCCCUUUCCUAGCCGGCUUCAACGGCGCCACCCAAGGCAACAACUUGCUCCUUCAAAACAGCGCCAACAACGGCAUUCUCAACGCCGAUGACAGCAACCAACCCUUCGUCACUGCCGGCCAGCUCCCUUCUCGAGUCACCCUUCAGCAGCUCAUGUUCGGAUCCAUCACAGUGGUCGAUGACGAGCUGACCGAAAGCCACGAGCUCGGCUCGGCUGUGAUGGGUCGAGCUCAGGGGUUUUACUUGGCCAGCUCAUUGGAUGGGACCAGCCAGACUGUGGCUCUGACGGCGUUGUUUCACGGCGGCGGACAUGACCAUGUGGUUGAGGAUAGUAUAAGCUUCUUCGGAGUUCACCGGACGGCGACCGGAGAGUCGCCGAUUGCGGUGGUGGGAGGAACGGGGAAGUAUGAGAAUGCAAAAGGGUAUGCGACGGUGGAGACGAUUCAUCAUCAGGAAGAUCAACAUACCACAGAUGGUGUGGAUACUCUUAUUCAUUUUAGUGUUUAUCUCUCUUGAUAAUGGUUCCGGUUCGGGUUCGGGUUCGAUUUUAGG